GUGUGUAUGGAUGAAAAUAAUCAUGACUACUGAGAUGUGUUGCCAUGUACCCAAGGAUAGUUGGCUCACUACCUGUUUACAGAUUAUUCACAUUGGAGAUCAUAUUCAUAGCUCCAGAAUAGUUUCUUUCUGACUCCCAAUAUAAUCCUGGGCUUUCUCCUUCCUACUGUUACCUGGCAUGGGCUUAGGAAGCCCAAACUAAAUUUAAAAUCAGCCUAAACAAAUGUGCAGAUCAGUUCCAGUAAUCAAAGACUGGAAAUCAGUCCAGCGAUGACUAGUUUGGGAAUAUUUAAUAAUAACUGUGCUACUGAUUCUGUAAUGUGGAAUUACCAGUAUCUAAACAUAUUAUUUUAAUAGAUGGGGCUGGAAACUGUUAGCAGAUCAAGUCCUCAACUUCUUCCAUUUCUAUGCAUAGGUCUUUACCUCACAAAAACUACAAGCACCAAGCUCCCUGAUGGAAAGGAGCACCGUGCAGCAAGUCACCAAGGUGGUCCAUUCAAACUGCAGACUCGUUUGUCAUCCUUGUACAGCAGUCUCCUCCUCCACAGCCACUACAGAGAAGUGCGUCACAUAUCAGCAUAUUGGAGCAAAAUGAGAGAGUUUAUUUUGAGACCUCCGAAUUAGUGCUGCUACGGACCAUGAGCAAGAGAGAAAGUGUGGACUUCAGCCUGCACGAAUGGUCUUGAAACACAAGUGGUUUUGGGUCUAGGCAUUUUACACUGAGUUUUCUACUGCCACACUUUCUACCCAAGCAAAAUCCAUGUGAAAAGAUCUGCUGGGAAGGAGCCGACUGCUUAUGUUUCUCCAUUGUGAUGAAAGCACAUGGUACAGUUUUCCAAAGAAAUUAGUUCGUUUUCUGGGGCAGAGGAUCCAAUCUGCUGUUUUCUUACGGUUUUCCUCACGUCUCUGAGAAAGAGGAAAGAACACGCCUGAGCCCAGGAGCGCUCCAGCUUCUCGUGGGAAGUCUCCAUGGUGAAGGAAGGCUGGGGCUCCCGGUGAACCGCGCACAGUGAAUGUUAUUCCAGAGCUGCUGCUGGCGGACUGCACCCACGGGGAGAUGAUUCCUCAUGAAGAGCCUGGAUCCCCUACAGAAAUCAAAUGUGACUUUCCGUUUAUCAGACUAAAAUCAGAGCCAGCCAGACAGUGAAGCAGUCACCGUGGAGGGGGGACGGCGAAAAAUGAAAUCCAACCAAGAGCGGAGCAACGAAUGCCUGCCUCCCAAGAAGCGCGAGAUCCCCGCCACCAGCCGGCCUUCGGAGGAGAAGGCCACCAUCCUGCCCAGCGACAACCACCGGGCGGAGGGCGUGGCAUGGCUCCCGGGCACCCUUGGUGGCCGAGGUCACGGGGGCGGGAGGCAUGGCCCGGCGGGGACUGCGGUGGAGCUUGGUUUACAACAGGGAAUAGGUUUACACAAAGCGCUGCCCACGGCGCUGGACUACUCCCCACCCAGCGCGCCCAGGUCUGUCCCGGCGACCACCACGCUGCCCACGGUGUACCCUCCCCCGCAGUCAGGGACCCCGGUGUCGCCCGUGCAGUACGCGCACCUGCCGCACACUUUCCAGUUUAUUGGGUCCUCCCAGUACAGCGGGCCCUACGCAGGGUUCAUCCCCUCCCAGCUGAUCUCCCCAACGGCCAGCCCCGCCACCAGUGCGGUGGCCUCGGCCGGGGGCGUCUCCACUCCAUCCCAGCGCUCCCAGCUGGAGGCCUAUUCCACUCUGCUGGCCAGCAUGGGCGGGCUGAGCCACGCCUCAGGACACAAGGCUGAGCAGCAGCAGCAGCACUUGGGCAGGACUCCAGGGCUCAUGGCACCAGGGUCCCCACCACCCACCCAGCAGAACCAGUACGUCCACAUCGCCAGCUCCCCGCAGAACGCCGGGCGCACGGCCUCUCCGCCGGCCAUCCCCGUCCACCUCCACCCCCACCAGACGAUGAUCCCACACACCAUCACCCUGGGGCCCUCCCCCCAGGUCGUAGUGCAAUACACCGACUCCGGCAGCCACUUCCUUCCUCGGGAGGCCACCAAGAAAGCCGAGAGCAGCAGGCUGCAGCAGGCCAUGCAGGCCAAGGAGAUCCUCAACGGGGAGCUGGAGAAGGGCCGGCGGUACGGGGCCCCCACCUCGGCCGACCUGGGCCUGGUGAAGGCCGGCAGCAAGUCAGUGCCUCACCCCUACGAGUCCAGGCACGUGGUUGUCCACCCCAGCCCCUCCGACUACGGCAAUCGGGACUCCGCGGGGGUCCGGGCCUCUGUGAUGGUCCUGCCCAACAGCAACACCCCCGUCUCCGACCUGGAAGUGCAGCAGGUCACGCACCGCGAGGCCUCCCCCUCCACCCUCAACGACAAAAGUGGCCUGCAUUUAGGGAAGCCCGGACACCGCUCCUACGCGCUCUCACCCCAACAGGCUCUGGGCCCUGAAGGCGUGAAGGCCGCCACCGUCGCCACGCUGUCACCCCACACGGUCAUUCAGACCACACACAGCGCUUCGGAGCCACUCCCAGUCGGACUGCCAGCCACAGCCUUCUACGCAGGGACUCAGCCGCCUGUCAUCGGCUACCUGAGCAGCCAGCAGCAGGCGAUCACCUAUGCCGGCAGCCUGCCCCAGCACCUGGUCAUCCCCGGCACCCAGCCCCUGCUCAUCCCGGUGGGCAGUGCUGACGUGGAGGGGUCGGGAGCUGCCUCUGCAAUAGCCACGUCGUCGCCCCAGUUUGCAGCAGUGCCUCACACGUUCGUCUCCACCGCCCUUCCCAAGAGCGAGAACUUCAGCCCAGAGGCCCUGGUCACCCAGGCCGCCUACCCGGCCAUGGUGCAGGCCCAGAUCCACCUGCCCGUGGUGCAGUCCGUGGCAUCCCCGGCAGCAGUGCCCCCGACGCUGCCCCCCUACUUCAUGAAAGGCUCCAUCAUCCAACUGGCCAACGGGGAGCUGAAGAAGGUGGAGGACUUAAAAACGGAGGACUUCAUCCAGAGCGCAGAGAUCAGCAAUGACCUGAAGAUCGACUCCAGCACCGUGGAGAGGAUUGAGGACAGCCACAGCCCCGGCGUCGCCGUCAUCCAGUUCGCCGUCGGGGAGCACCGGGCACAGGUCAGCGUGGAGGUGUUGGUAGAGUACCCUUUUUUUGUGUUCGGACAGGGCUGGUCGUCCUGCUGUCCAGAGCGAACCAGCCAGCUCUUCGAUUUGCCGUGUUCCAAACUCUCCGUGGGGGACGUCUGCAUCUCGCUGACCCUCAAGAACCUGAAGAACGGCUCGGUGAAGAAGGGCCAGCCCGUGGAUCCCGCCAGCGUCCUGCUGAAGCACGCCAAGGCCGACGCCCUCGCGGGCGGCAGACACCGGUACGCGGAGCAGGAGAACGGCAUCGGUCAGGGAAGUGCCCCGAUGCUCUCCGAGAACGGCGAACUGAAGUUCCCAGACAAAGUCGCAUUGCCUGCAGCGCCCCUGCUCACCAAAACAGAACCCAGCAAGCCCGCGACCACGAGGAAGAGGAGGUGGUCGGCGCCCGAGACCCGCAAACUGGAGAAGUCGGAAGACGAGCCGCCUUUGACUCUCCCCCGGCCUUCGCUCAUUCCUCAGGAGGUGAAGAUUUGCAUCGAAGGCCGGUCCAACGUGGGCAAGUAGGAGCGGCGGCGUGGCGUGGGGCAGGAAUUCGGCCCUCCCUUACCAUUUGUAUCCAGAUUACUGUACUGUAGGCUAAAUAACACAGUAUUUACAUGUUA